CAUUUUUCAGAAAUCCACGACGCGUUUUGACGAAAACUCCUCCAAAAGCGGUGCGACGGCCGAGACACACGCAGUGCGUUACGCACACACACGCAUAGAGAGGACCGAAAACAAACCGCUCCGUGCAUUCCUGGCCGAAAUUUUCUCAUUUCGGUGCGUGACGUUACGAAUGCAACUACGCGCGUGAGUGCAAAUGAAAUCGACGAACAUUGUCUAGUGCCCUUUUUGGAUUUAAACUUUGCUAAAUCUGUGGCCUUAAAAAGUACAAAAUGAGUGCCGCGCAACAGUACUGUCUGCGCUGGAACAACCACCGAUCAAAUCUGCUCACAGUUUUCGACGAGCUGUUACAAAACGAAGCCUUCACGGAUGUGACUCUGGCCUGCGAGGGUGGCAGCCCCAUCAAGUGCCACAGAAUGGUGCUGGCGGCCUGCUCCCCCUAUUUUCAGAACCUGUUCACCGACUUGCCCUGCAAACAUCCCGUCGUCGUCCUAAAAGACGUCAAGUACUGCGAGAUCAAGGCGAUCCUCGAGUACAUGUACAGAGGUGAAGUAAACGUAGCCCAAGACCAACUCGCCGCCUUGCUGAAAGUGGCAGAGGCGUUGAAAGUUAAAGGACUUGUCGAAGAGAACCGCAACAGGGACAAGGAUGAGGACAACUUGGAACACUCACCUUCGAUCACCACCUCCAACUCGGUGAUGCAAAAUGCGGUGCACAGCAGCAGCAACAACAAUUCUCCGCCCCACUCCACCAAUUCCCUGUACAAGAACCCCUACAUGUAUAACAACAACAAGAACGUAGAUAAUUCAAGGAUGCCCAACCUACCCCUGUGGGCAGUACCCGGAUUGCCUUUGCCACCCCAUUCUUCAUCAGUGCCAUCGCCUAAUCACCCCCACGCCGCCGCCACCGCAGCCGCAGCCAUGCUUAGCAGUUGUUACGAAGCCGCCUCAUCUGAUAUGUCCCCACUAAAGAGGAAGAAGCUUUCCAGUUUGUUGAUGAACAGAGACACCCCCAUUUUGAGGACCGUUUUGGGGCAAGGUAACGCCGAUUCCUCCCAACCAGUCAGUUUGGUAUGCCACCCCGACAGCAAUGAACACACUAAUGGAAGCGAUGACCGUGACAGAAUUAAGCACAUGAGAAACGAACCGUCAGAAGACGCCCAAUCCCCCUACACCGACUUCACCCACAUCAACGACGAAGAAGACAAAUCGAAACUGGCAGUACCAUCAUCCUCGCCUCAGUCCCUGAGCCACGAGAUGAGAGGCGUGUCCUCAGGAAUUGCCAACUACGUACCGCAACAAAGGCCUGAAUGGAAACGCUACAAACAGUACACCAGAAAUGACAUAAUGUCCGCAAUAGAAGCAGUAAGGAACGGCAUGUCCGCCCUCCAGGCGGCCAGAAAAUACAAGGUGCCAUCCAGAACCCUCUACGACAAGGUGAAGAAGCUGGGCAUCACGACCAGCAGGCCGUUUAAACGAGGCAGCAACGGCAGUUCCGCGUGUUUCCCCUACAGUACCGGAUCGCCGUACGGCGGUCACAUGUCGGAGAGCGACGAGGGCAUGAUGAACAACAACUCAGCGCUUUUGGAAGCCAGCACCUUCCUGCAACACGCCCUAGACUCCCGCGGCGGCGACGAAAGGGAAGCGUUGGCGGCGAUGGCGGCUGCAGCGGCCGCUCACGCCGCAGCUUCCGGUAAUUCGACCAGCCCCAACACGUACGGCAGGGCCAGAUCGCCCAGUCCGAGCCCCACGUUGAUCAAGUACCGCCAGAGCAGUCUGACUCCGUCUCCGGCUCCCGGCAGCGACCACCAUCACAGCGAGACUAACGGGAGCUCGGAGAGGGACAGGGACGACGAUGAGGAUCAGGUUGAGGACUUGUCGACUAAAAGGAAACAAGAGACCAGAGUUAUUAUGCCGCCUGUUAAUCAAAUGAUUAUAAAGAAAGAGGAGAUGUUGAUUGACUCCAUCAAGGAGGAAGUGCGACGGGAGGUAAGCCUGGAAGAAGCCGACUAAUUAAUGCGAGGUAACCUACGAUAACGAAAACGAACUGCUGACAUAGUUUUAAUACCAGUGUUAAGUUUUAUCCUAUAUAUUUUAUAUUUUUCAAGAAUUUCAAAUGCAUUUUUGACUGAUCAGUGCAAUAUCUAAACUGUGGUCCUUCAUCCACCCGUACUCAAACAUAGUUUUAAGUUGCUUUAGGUUAAGUUGUCGUAAAACUCCGAGUGCCUACCUAGAAUGUGUACAUAGUUAUCUGUAACCACCUCCAAAGGUUCAAUCCAACGUAUUUUGCUUGUGGAUCAUUAGAACAAAUGUGAUUGAACCUUUGCGGAAGGGCUCGGUUCAAACGACCCACGGUCGUUGGGCCGGGACAAAUCGCUUCGAGAUCUUUGUGUAUUGACCAAGCUCACGAUAGUUUGCUACAAGUUCCCCGACUUCGAGGAACAGAAACUCAUAAGACUGAUUAUUAAUUAUUUCACUUUUAAAUGAGACUGAUGAGCAAAUUAUUUUUGGUCAGGUACAUGUUGAAUCCGGUGUUAAGUUUAUCUUUGAUGGAGAAAAAGAUGUAAAUAAAUUUUUUUUUUUAAGUAAUUCUGCUGAGGGGCGAAAAUCCUGAAAGUUAGAGGCCUUCUAUUUGUAAAAUUAAUGACGAAUGCUUGUCAGAUUGUUGAUUUUUUAAGAACGACAUUCGUCCGGGACCUCUAUAAUUUUCUUUAUAAAGUUGUAUCUAUGUGAUUAUUAUUAAUGUGGUUUUGGGAUUAACAUGAAUAGAUUAGGUAAAUUGUAAGAUAUUGUUUAAAUUUGAACUUAACGGUAUUGUUGAAAAAUUGUAUUUUCUCAGAGUGUAUUUGUAUGCACUGGAAUAUUUUAGCACCUCAAAGGUACACAGAGUACACAAAAAGAUAACGAAAUAUGUUGUGAUAGCUGCAAAAUACUAGUGUUGAUCAUGGACGUUUCCUAGAUAUUUUGUAUGGCUUUCAAUAAAUGGUAGUUGCACUAUGCCAUAUAUUCGAUGAAUCAAAUUGACACACAACUCUAAGGGACCCUGUACAUACAUUCGUGCCAGUUUGUUUUGCGAAAUAGACGAUUUUGAAUAGCUGUGAUCAUCUAGACUGAAUCAUCACUUUUUCGCAAAAAGUUUGUUUUGUUAAUGAAGCGAUGCUACGACUGACAAAGUCUAGUCCGUAUUCAAUGAAUUGCAGCUCAUAUAUUUAAAUAAUUAUUAACCUAAGUGCAAUUUACAAAUUGCAACGUACAAACAUUCAAAAUGCAAUACACCUACAAGCUAUUAUUUGGAGUAAACAUUAUUUUUUCACGGUGAGUCGGUGUAUUUAUUUUUUUGAACGGAUGUACCAUUUUAUUUAUUACUAACAACUUAUAUGUAAAGACUGAAUAGUUUAUGUUUAACACAAACAAUUUCGGACCAAUUUUUCGUAGGACGUGCCUUUUUAGCUUUCAAAACUGAAAAUUUCUACAUUCCAUUAGCUCUUAUUUUUACCUACCUAACUGAAACUUCAUUUGUCUGAUUUACCUACAGGAACCAAUUGUUGUGUUAAUUUUUUGCCAUUUUAUUUAAGACUGAAUAUUAUUUGUUAAUUGUUAAUCAAGUAUUGGUAUGAUUGUUAUAAUUUAGUAUAAUCGCAGAUCUCUAUAUACCUUCACAAACUACCUCAAUCAGAACUACAUUUUUAUUUACCCCGUGUAUAUAACAGAUGUUUUAUCUAUACCGCAUAUAUAUUCUAUUACCAUAUCAAGAUGUGUGCUCAUAUUUUAUUUUAUUUAGUAUGUAAAUUACAUAAUUAUGUACUGUUGACAUGAAUAUUUCUAUAAUUUCCUUUAUUGUAAUAUGUUUAUUGUUAGAUAUAAUUAUAUAUCACUCUGCACGUAUGUAAUGCAUAACUUUUAAGGAAAAUAAAAUUUAUAUUC